AUGUUAUCCGCUCACAACAGCAAGAUGGAGCACUAUCUAAAACAGUUUAAAGCGGAUCCCACGAUUCGGCGAUGCUAUUCCGCCACAACACUUUUUGAUUCUCAUCGAACUUCUGAGCGCGUAGAAACGUCGGAGACCCCAUCGGUUAAUUGCCUAUCGAUGAAUUGGAUGCAAUCAUUAAAUCCAUACAAGUGCUUCUAUCAGAUCACGCUGAUACCACAGGUUCUCAAAUCUAUUGAUGAAGAGUUUCCGAAAAAUCACGUGGCCCCUCACAAAUGGCAUGUGAUUGAUGAUAUUGUAGCGGUCGUCGACGAUGUGGUCUACGUUGUUAAGCCCACGGAAAAUAUCAAUCAAAUAUCACAAUUAAUAUGGAAUUGGAUGCUGAACAACCCGUUGGAAGAUGUGUGCCCCAAAACUGGGGAGUAUUGCAUUUUUCACUUGAUCGGCCAAAGCCCUGCAUCUUAUCUGCGUGUAGCAAUAAUUUCCUCUCAUGGUGAAUGUUUGACGCUGAUUCAGCUCGAUAACGGAAGACUACUUACCGUUGAGAAGCACCGAGCUCGACUCUUCCGUCUUCCAAAUGAGUUGAUGAAAUACCACACCGUAUUCCACUCGCUGAAGCUUGAUGGUUCAAUGUCCUCCAACGAAAUGCUAUGGACCAUUAAGAAAAUUCGUGAGAGAAAAACAAUUUUUAUCAACAAGUCAGAUGUGACAAGUUUGCCAGUUGUGAAUUGCUAUUCGACGAAGAAGCGCUUUAUGAGUGAGUCUAGUAUUGAACCGAUGGACAACAUCGGCCAAGUGUUCGAUUAUGAUAUCGAUUAUAUCGAUGAUGUAUUCUGGGACGAGCAAUUGCCAGACAUAGACCAUCUCAAAAAAUGCAAAGAAAUCUCGGAUGAAUUUUUGAAGACAGAAAUCCAAAAGCUGGAAAGGGACGAAAAUUGGGUUCCCACCAUGAUUACAAAAUGUGAUAGUGGGGCAUUUUGGCAUUGCUAA